AUGGAGCAGAUCAUCUUGAAUUCCUCCGCCGCCCUAGGAGGCUGAAUGGGGUUAAACCAAGCUCAAACCCGAAAGAUCCUAGCCUUCUCAUCCAUCUCGCACCUGGGCUGAAUGACCAUCAUCAUCACCACCUACAACCCAAAACUCACCCUACUAACCUUCUACCUAUACUCACUAAUAACUGCCACCAUAUUCCUGGCCCUCAAUACAACCAAAACCUUAAAGCUAUCCACUAUAAUAACAUCAUGAACAAAAACCUCCAUACUAAACGCAACUCUAAUAGCAACCCUACUCUCCCUAGCAGGCCUCCCCCCACUAACCGGCUUCCUACCAAAAUGACUAAUCAUCCAAGAGCUCACCAAACAAGAGAUAGCCCCAUCAGCAAUAACAAUAGCCAUACUCUCACUCCUGGGCCUAUUUUUCUAUCUUCGCCUCGCAUAUCACUCAACAAUCACACUCCCACCAAACUCCACUAAUUUCAUGAAACAAUGGUAUACUAACAAAUCAACAAACACCCCAACCACUAUCCUUGCCUCCAUAUCAGUCUUACUCCUACCCCUAUCACCCGCAAUCCUAACAGUCACCUAAGAAA